AUGGAAACCCUUGACAAUAAGGAGCAGCUUGGGCUCGGCGUGGGUCCUGUGCCAGUGACUGACAACUACAUUAUGAACAACUCGCCAGUGUGUGUAUCGCAGUGUAGCGUUGAAAAUGCUCCAACAACUUUAGUGAAAGGUACAGUGGAGUCUAUAUUUAUGCAGGUCAGAGACGCGUCCGGUGAUCGAAUCAGAUCGCCCCAGGAGAUAAAGGCGAGGAUAAGGAAACCGGAUACAGCUUGGGUAGAAAUUGAAGUGGAGGAAAAAAACGACAAGACGUUUAUAAACGUGCUUGGGUGUAUUGAGGGCGUACAUCAAGGAGAAAUCACUGUCGCCGGUCAGCAUUUUCCUGGUUCGCCCUUCGAGUUUAGUGUCGUGCGGGGAAUGGUGAGAACAUUCGGUGCUCCGGGAAGAGGGGAAGGACAGUUCCGUUACCCAUGGGGCAUUACUGUUGAUAGGAACGGUGACGUCAUAACAGCGGAUCGGUACAAUGACCGGCUACAGAUCCUAGAUAAAAACGGCAACUGUAAAAAGUUAAUAACGUUUUCGCAGUUUCAGCAUCCGUUUAAACCUGGUGACAUUACAAUAUCUGACGAUAAUCAUUACUUCAGCUUAGAUUAUAUAAAUAAACAAGUUGUUGUUAGUGACGAUGAGGGGACCUUUAUAAGAAGCUUCGGAAAAGAAGAGCUAAAAGAUCCUUACGGUAUCGCAAUCAGUCCGAUAGAUGGCGCUGUUUACGUCUCGGAUUGGGAAGGAUACAGCAUUCGUAUUUAUAACCAGUUUGGCAUUUACACAAAGUCAUUCGGUGGAAAAGGAAAGAAAGAAGGACAGUUUUUGUAUCCUUCUGGCAUCGCUUUUAAUGGUGACGGUUUGUUAUUUGUAUCUGACAAUUGUAACCACCGUGUCCAGGUAUUUGAUGUCUGUAACCAAUUUCUCUACUCCUUUGGUUGCUAUGGAAGUAACAACGGAGAAUUCAAUUGCCCUAAAGGAUUAGCAAUAGACGCGGAAGGACACAUAUAUGUGAGUGACUAUAACAGGAUACAGAAAUUCACCUCAAGUGGUCGCUUUUUAUCUCGGGUUGAUCGCGACAGUGAUGGUAUUAGUCUUCCAACAUGCAUUGCGGUUACUUCCGAUGACCCGCAAAAAGUUCUUGUCGUUGACAGCAGCAACCAUUGCAUCAAAGUGUUUGUAGAAUAG